AAAAAAUCAUAAAACGAAUAAAUGAAUUAAUAAAGAUAGAAAGAAGCUAUCUAAAUGGCUACAACUCUUGUUCUGUUAGUUUCAAAGGCUCAUUGUGUCUAUACAGUAGUAAAUAUGGAAAUCUGUAUGUCUGUUACAAUAAAAAACACAUUAAAGGCCAAAAUGGAGGGAAAUUUUACAUUUUUUUUCAUUGUUUUUAAGGAUAUUUUCCUGCCGGUUCUCAGUCAGCUGAUGUCAUUUCUCCAUGCAGGGGCACAAACUUCGGUUAUAGAGAUUCAGGAACCAGGGGGAAAAGUUACAGCUCAGCCCCCUGAAUGCAAAAGUCUCAGAAAAGGGUUUUGAGCCGAGUUUUUGUAAUGAACUGGAGGAGUCACGUCACUGAAAAAAAAACAGCGAAUAAGCGGGGGAACACUGUAAAUUGUGAAUAUAAAUCUAGUUAUAGACCUGGAUGCACAAGUAUAAAUAAAAAAUAGUUUUUAAUAAUUAAGAAAAAAGUUUUUUUGUUUUGCACAAAACAUGCCGGUAUUGCCGUUUCAUAAAUUUAAAAUAAUUACAUUUUUUGUUUCAAUUAUGCAGCAAUUCCCAUAGCAUAUCGCGAGAUCUAGCAAACCCCGUUUGACCCUUUACGUCAUUUGACCCAAGAUGGCCGCACUCUUCAGGCUUUCACUUAUUUUUACGGAGAUUAAAAACUUAAAUUAAAACGUCCGUGAAAGUAGUUUUUGAAACUUGCGACAGUAAAAGUUGUCGUUUAGUUGUUUCGAAGCGGUAUUUUGCUCUUGUUAUGGGGCUAGAACGGUUUUUGUGCGGAGUCCUCAAAUUUAACUCAAGCCCGUUUUCACUGUGUCGAAAUGCGUGGAUGUCAGCUUCGACCACCAGCGGGUCCUCUCCGCUCAGUAUUUCUGGAUUACACAGCGGAAAACUUUUCAACACAGGCCGACAACUGCAAGCUCGUCGAAGCCUUUCCACCUCCGCCCAACCUUCCAAAGAUGUCACCUUGUUCGAACACGACAGAACCCACUUCUUCCGGCUUCUCUCUGUCUUCUGUGGUGGACAAUUUGUCUUCUGGACAUAUCUGGCUCAGUUCGCUUACACCGGGCUAAGAGACACGGGUGCAGAAAAAGCGAAACAAAGCACCAAACCGCCCACCACCACGGGUCUAGCUGGGAUGUGGAGUUUUGAAAUGAAUUUGGGUUCAAACGCCUGGAGGUACGGCUUCACGCUGGGAUGCCUGGCGAUAGGAGGAGGGAUUGUCGGCCUCGGCGCUGUGUUUUGCCGGCGCUCUGUCUUUAAGGUGAUUCUACACGAAGGCGGGAAGAUGGUGACGGUUGGGACGCAGUCGCCUUUGGGUCCAGGCCGCGGCAGGAGGAUUACAGUGCCUCUGUCCCAGGUGGCCUGCCACGCCCACAGACAGGAGUCCACGUCAUUCAUUCCCCUGAGAGUCAAGGGACACAAAUUCUACUUUCUUUUGGACAAAGACGGGGCAAUAAAGAACGCCAGGCUGUUUGACAUCACUGUGGGUGCAUACAGGCCAAUUUAAAGACCCACUCCAACUUGAAAAUUACGUUUUUGAUUUUUUUUUUCCAUGUGGCAUUUUUCUGAAGAUGAAUGACAUGUAUAAAGACAA